AUGUAUCGAAGAAAUACUAAACAGAAAUCAAAAUUAUCUAAAAAAGUGACUGAAAGUAAAAUUAAUGUUAACACAAAAGUAAAAAGUUUAUCAGAUUCAUCAGCAACGUCAUUUGAAGUAAAAUGUAAUAAAAUAAAUAAUAAAACAACAGAUGAUAAAUUAAAAUCAAUAUUAAAUAAUGAUAAGAAUAAUUCAAUAGUCAAAAAUAAUAAUUUUUUGUCUGAAAGUGAUACGGAUUCUGAAAAUAUAAUACAGACGCGUAACCAAUUAGCUGUUAAAGAUAAGGUACUUAGUACAAAUUGUUCACAAUUAAAAAAAAUUAUAAUGAAUAAAACUCGCGAGUUGUUUGAUAAAAACAAUGACUUUUAUCACAAAACUGAUACAAUACUCAAAAAUUGCAACCAGUUUGUCAAGAAUAAUAAUAAUAAUAACACUAAUAAAAAUUUAUUAUUGUCACCUCGAAAAACACGAUCACGUACUUUCUCUAAAAAUGUAUUAACUAGCUGUGACAAUUCAUUUAAUUUAUCUAAUAUCGGUGUACCGAUAUCGUGUUCAACAUUUGCUAAUUGUGAUUUAACUGAGUCUUGUAAUUUACCUAGUACAUCAUCAAAAAAGACAAUAGCACCGACCCCAACUCUAGCCGCAACACCAACAAACGUAACACAACAAGUAAAUUCUGCCAAUAAAAUAAAUUCAAAGCCAUCAAUCAUAAAUAUUCAGAACUGUAAUUAUUUAUUAAAUAAACAAAAUUCAAAUGAAAUUAAUACAAUAAUUGACCAACAAACAAUGGAAUUAACUCCUGUUCAAGGUAAUUGUAUUUUAAGUAACACAAACAAUGAUAAACUUUCCAUAAAUAAAUUAUCAGAUAUUAAUCGUUUUUCAAUGGACGUAAAUACUUCACUGGAUAAUAUUUAUAGCAAAAGUCCUGAUAAUGAAGAUGAUAAUAUUGAUAAAAAUUUAAAGCACGGACAAGCUAAAAUGACAGUAAUCAAUGAAGAAAAUGAAGAUGGAUUAAUUAUUGAUAAUAGUAUUGAAAAUAAAGUAAAUAAAUUAUCAACAAGUGAUAAAGAGAGCGAUGAUCAUGAUGACGCUGUUGAAGGUACGCCAGAAUUAACUCAGAAAAGUCACCUCCUUAGCCGAAGAAAUAUUUCCCAACUGCUUACACCAAAAAAUAAUUAUUUAAUUAAUAACAAAAAACAUCAUGAAGAUAAAGAUAAAAAUAGUAACCAGUUGGAGAGUACUAUCAUUCUGGAUGAUUUAACUCUCGAUAAGAAUCAUAAAAUUUCUAAAAAAGGAACAAUAAUAAUUGAUGAAACUUCUGAAGACUCUGGUAAUGACAGUGAUGCUGACAGAAAUAAACUUAUUAUGGAAACAGUUAAGAAGAAAUUAAGUAUCGGGAAACGAAGAUUGUUUACGCAGCAAAGUAGUCCAGUUGCUUUAUCCUCGAUAAGUCCCAUGUCCAGUGGAUUGAGUCCGAUGCUGAGUCCCAAGAAAAAAAAAUGGGUAAAGAGAAGAAGAGUUAGAAAAAGUGUCACCAUUGCACCAACAGUUUGCACCAGAUCUCAAUCUAGUAUUAAUAGUAAUAAUAGUAACAGUUUCAAUUUAAAAAGAGCUUUGGUGUCUAGUUCUACUCAACCAAAUUUACAAGUUCAACAGGAGGAAAGAAUAGAAAAUAACAAUGACAAGAAAAACAAACAAAAAGACAAUAAAGAUAAGAGAAAGAGAAUUAUAAAAAGUAAGAAGAUUGUUAACAUUAAAACAAAACGACCUAAUUUAUUGAGUCUAGUUAGUCAAAAAGCUAGCCAAAGAGAAGUUUGCAGUGAUGACAGUCCCAGGAGGUCAAGUGUAUUUAUGGAAAAUAAAAGACUCGUUAAAAAAAGCCGUAUUCACAACAAAUCUAUCAUUAUUGUAGCUACAGGCCUGUGCAAUGGUGAUAAAGACAUUGUGAGAGCGGCGAUAAAAAAAAUUGGCGGUGCCAAAUUGGAGUCAACUGUAACUAAAAAAACAACUCAUGUUGUUACCACUGGAGUUCGUACUAUUAAUUUACUAAGAGGUAUAAUAAGAGGAUGCUGGCUGAUAUCAUUCGAGUGGGUUAAAAAAUCAAUUGAAGCUUCCAGCUGGCUUCCUCCUGAUGAAUAUGAAAUUCAACAUUUCUCCAAAGUUCUCAGAGAAAAUCGGAGAGACAGAGAAAUUUUUGGGAAUUCUUAUGUACCCGAAUUAUUUACAACCUGUGGUUUGAUACAUAUUCAGAAUAACACUACUCCGCCUCGAGAUUUAUUAAAGGAAUUAAUAAAAACAGCUGGAGGACAGACUAUCGACGACCCUAAGAAAGCUAAAAUAACAAUUGGGCCCACUGGGACCAAGGAACUUUGGGUGUUAGAUUCAAUUACCACCGGUGAAUUGCAACCCACUGAUCAAUACAAAAGAUAG